CUUUAAGAAUUCUUUCUGACACUAACAAUCAUGUACUUUCAUCAUGUACUUUGCACCUUAGUGAUGUUCAUGGAUAGCUUCUGAAGAGUAAAUUCAGAUUUGGAGUUGUGUGUUGUGUUUUAUAUUUGUCAUGAGUUACUUCUAAGCGCACCCUUGAUUAAGAGCACACUGUUGUCUUGUAUGCAGCUUAGAUGAAGCGUUUUAAGAAGAAUGUUCUUAGGCUGUCCUAAUUACCAGUAUUUGCUGUGUGAAGGUUUCCAUGGGUACACUUCUUAGGCAAAAGAUGAGGAAUGCAAUUCUGUUGGGUGGUGGUUAACAGGCUUGCUAGAGAGAAUAAGCAGGAAAAGGAGGACUUUGAAUGGGGUACUCAUGUGAAGACAGCCAUUAUCUGUCUGCACUUUUUCAGUAUGCUUCCUGUGAUAGUGUCAGGUUACUGCUGAUCUGACUAACAGACAUGGACAGGGCAGUUCACCUUUGCCUGUCAUGAAUCAGCUCCUCUGUGUGUGCUCCGCCCAUGCUGCUUCUUAAUCUUCAUGCACAGGUUCUUCUCUAUUCUGCUCUCUCCCCACUUUAAGUGCCCUUCCCAUGUCAUCCCAUUUGCCCUGUUUGUCUGGGUUUGUCACUUGAAUACCUCAGUAAUGUCAUGUUUUAAUGUGCAAGGCUGAGGUCACAAGAUAAGCUCCUGUGCAGGCUAGAAGACGAAGUGUUCUGAGGCACCGAGUGUAGGAGCUUAGGAGUUGGGGCAACAGUGCUCGUCUUCCCUACAUCGACUAGGGCAAGUGCAGGUGCAUUUACCUGACCAGCAGCUGAAAAGUCUCUGGUCAGUCAGCACACUUCUCAUAGUGGUGACAUUCUUAGAAUUGUACUGAUAAACGGGCAUGAGGGCUUUACAUCACACUUGCUGCUGUUAGAACUGAGUCAUGAUUCUGCUUCCAUGGACUUUGCUGAAGUGAAACUUGAGCUGUGUAUGAUGUAAUUACUGAAUCAGUGUGGAGCUUUCUCUGCAGGAUGCUCUCACUUCAGUGCAACACAGCUCAACUUUUCUCCUUCAAGGUGCUCAGUGAAAUUUUAUAUGUGCUAAUGAAAUCAACUGUAUUAAGUAAAUAAUUGAAAAUAUUUAUUUAUUUUUCUAAUAGAGAUGCUAGCAGUCUGAAUUUGGUAUUAGCACUUUCAAAUUAGAAAUCUGAACACAGUAAUACUUAAUUUUUUAUCAUGGAAUCGGGAAGUUUCUUACAGUAACAACUCAGCUUUUGUUUUCACUGAGUUUACAGACUUUCAUGAAAGAAAACAGAGGCUUGAAUGAACUCAGUGCUCUGAAUUUCUGUGCAGAGUAUUUGUACUGAAUUCUGAAUCUGGAUGUUAUCCAACACCUGAAAUUGCUCAACUCUCAGGGUUGGGUUUGUUAAUGCACAGCUCCAGGAGUACAGAAAAGCAGAGCAGAGUACAUUAGAUAAAAGUUUUUGAAGGAAACCCCAGAGAGAAGGCUGUACAAAAUGUUGAAUGCAUAGUUCUGAGCAAGCUAUUAUUAAAUUAUUAUUUCACUGAAUGUAGAUAAUUUUACAGAAUGUAAUAUAAUGUUGUAAUGUUAAAACCCUCUGUGAUCUGGAAAAAAGAAUUAUUGGAACUUUUUGAAAUCUGCAAUUCACAGAAAUUAGUUUAUGUUCAGACAAAUUUUUGUUGCAUCUUCUGUUCUUCUAUAUGGGCACAUGAGCUUGUCCAACUAUUGCUGAACAGUUGAGUGCUUGUCUGUCACAUUUGAUUGCCUUUCCACAUUCACCCAAAAUGACCUUUUAAAAUAUUCACAUUUAACACCUUGCACUCUAAAAUGGAUUGUACUUUUGAGGACAAAUUGUUCUAUAGGAAAUGUCAUGAGCCUUUUGUGUCUGGAGUGUCCUGUCUUGUUUAACAGCUUGGGUUGAACAAGUUGGGUGGAGAUCUAUGAGGCUGCUGUGAAGAAAGGUGCAGGCACAAGGAAGAAGAAAUUUGGUGCAGGAACCGCUUUGCUCAGCUGUGGAGCAGCAGGGUUAGUCCAUGCGUGUGGAGGCUUGGUCUUGGUGAAUUGCUCCAAUGUUACAAGAUGCUACUGCAUUCUCCUGUUCUGUGCUGGGAUUGGGUAUUGCCUGGACAUUUGUCACUUCCACAGUAGCAUUGCUAGAACAGUGUUGAAGCGCUGUCACUUGUGUCUGUGUAAAGGUCAGGGAUAGAAUCAGCUCUUCUUACAGUAGUCUGUGUGAGCUGUCACACCAUGCAGGAAUAGUAAAGGAGGGCUAAUCCUCAGCUGUGUUGAGAAGGCUGGAAUAAAGAACAGGGAUUUGGUGGCCACUUCAGCUCAUUUAGUAGACAACCUUAGUGACAUUCAUCUUAGCUUCUACUUGGUCUUGGCUUUUAGCCUGGAGGAAGGUUGCUCUCCCUUGUUAGCCACUUGAAACAGCUUCAGGAGUGCAAUCUCUGCCCUCCCAACUGUUAAAAGCAUUUCUAGAACACAUCAUGUUAAAGAGUUGGAAAAAUUAACCCUCUCUCCUUAUAAAGGUAUUUAUAAGAUUUGCCUGUGCAUAUAAAUCAUGCUUACAAAGCACUAAAAUGAUUUCAGACAUUUCUAACUUGGGGAGUGGGUGAGUAAUACCUAAUGAUUUUGGUACUUGGGAGACUUGGGGAUGGAUAUGUGCAAGUUCCCUCCUGUGGGGAUCACCGUACAGUUGAGUUCAAAAAAGUUCAGGUACUAAAUUUCUUGUAUUCAGUAGUUCUUGUAAGCAGUCUUACAGACAGGGAUAUAUUUUGGAAUGCUUUUGAAUGGAUCUAGGGAAAUAAUGUGUAUUUGAAAAUAUCUAUUUUUGUUUGUCACUUGGAAAUGCUGUAAAAUGCUUAUGUAGAGCUGGACUGGAUAAUGGGUGCAGGGAUAAGUAUGCAACAGAACAAUGUGUUUUGUAGUGAACUUGGGUUUUUUGAAACAAUCAGUCAACUCAAUGAACCCAUGUGCACAUUGAAAAUGCAUCUGUCCAAUGUCUUUAUUUUUAAGCGAAACACGUCUGUAUGGAAUGCCAAAGAUGACUUGAACCUCUGAAUUAAACUUUGUUUACUGCUUAAAGAGAUAAUUCUGUAUUUGUAUUGAAAUGUUUUAGCAUGUGAACUAGAAAUUCAAUUGAAAUUUGGUUUGGUUUUGGCUUCUUGCUUGUAUUACUGAAGCACUAAAAGUUGACUGUAGUCUUCAUCAGAGUCAUAUCCUCGGUCCCUGUUUUGACAGAAAGUGAAAAGUGAGUUUUGUUUGUAUUUAAAUGAAGUUAUCCUGAAUCUGUAGUUGUUAGGAUGGCUUCUAGAGAGUCUGCUCUGGUAGACUUCAUCUCAGGAGUAAAUCAGAUCUGUUAUAAAGGAUUUUCUUGUACACUGUUUUUUGGGGGAACACUAAAGGAGCUUGACCAAUUUUUACCUUCUUGUGAGGAGGAUGAUUUCUAAUUUGUCUAAAUAAUUGCUACAUAAGCUUGCUGACUGAAAUUUGUUUGCAUCUUUGCAUCUAUCAAUAAGCAAAUCAUUCUUAUUGCAGGACAAGGAUGCGAGUGAAUUUUCUGUGCGAUUUGUAUUUUUUUUUCUCUCAAAUGUUUCAGGAUUGAUGGACUGAUACUUGGCAGGCAAAUGCUAGCAUGCUACUGGGUGCGGUCAGCCGUAAUUAGGUACAAACCUGACUGGAUAAACUUCUAAGUCUACUAUAAUACCAGUGUUUUUGAGAAAAUGUUUGGGAUCCUAUGUGAGUAGUUUAGAGUUGUUGGCCUGCUUUAAGGAAGGGAGACUGUUUCAUAACUUAAUGACUAUUUAUACAUGCAAAGUCCUACGCAAUUGGUGGUAAACAGAACGUAAGUCUUUAGCAUAGUGGCUUGCAGCAAGGGUAGGUUUGCCUAUGCCAGACAGCUGCAGGACUGUGGUUUGUUUGGUUGGUGUUGUGUGUAUUUUUUUUCACUGAGAGGGUAUAUGGUAUGAGUGAUUUGAUUGCCAUGAUCUUCCGCACAUGAUCCCAAGACGUUCCUCCUUCCCUUUCCAGUGAAACUUGAAAAUAAAUCUAUGUAAGCCUUCAAGAUUCAGUUCUAGUUACUCGAAAGCUACUUUGUGGGCUGUCUACAAGAGAGAGUUAAGGAAAGUGUUUUGGAUGGAAUAGACAAAUUAUCAUAACAACAACAAGAGGAGCAAAACGUAUUUUUGGCUAUAACUAGUGAAAAAUGCCGGAGCUGACGUUAUAUCCGUCCAUGUUAUCGCUUCAUUCAAUCUCAGUCAGGAUUUCCUGGCAUUCAUCUAGACCGAGGCAAUGGACUUUGCUGUUCAUGCUGCAGCAACUUUUGGGUGAUCAAGCAUGGCUACUUGUGUAUGUGUUCUUUUCCAUAUUCUUGCCAGUUGGGUAAAUCAGUACUUUCUUAUAAAUAUUCAACUUAGUUUUUCUGCCUUCCCUUCCUGGUUAUUGCAGACUAGCUUUUCAGCUGCAAUCUGUGUUUUAGAAUGAUCAAAACACAUCUUGUUCUUACAACAGUUUAACAUAACCAUUUACAGAGGUCUUACCAAUAUUGUGUUAACUGGGCUGCUUCAGCUCUCAGCACUGUUAGAGAGCCGCAUGCGAUAUCUUUUCAUAGACUAGGAAUUUAGGAGGUAAAUAUUAAUUUCUUUUUAAGUGAAGUGGUACUGCUGAGUUUGUGCUUUUGGGUUGGUUGAAACUGACCCCUUCUGAAGCAAUUUCCCUUGGAAGAGGGCCAUGGGGUCCUUGGAUAGCACUUGCCUCUAGAUCUCCUUGAGCAUGUUCUUUUGUACAGUGGGAGUGCGUGUUCAGAACAAUGAUGAGAACUGGGGAUUUGCAAUCUUUCUUUGCCCCUGGAGAGAGUACCCUAAACUAGCUAGCUCUGUAGAGCUUGAGAAAGUGCCACAUCCUCUGCAGUUCACAAAGCCCUCUUGUGAAUGUAGCCUUUUCAUAGUAGAAGUGGAGGAAAUUUCUAAAGAAAUGGUUGCUGUUAACAUGCGGGUGUUUUUAGCUACUUGGAGUGAAGAUGUUUGCACGUGUUACAGCAGGAAAAAUUUAUUUAACUAGAAAAAAUUGGGGGGGAAUUUAAACACCAGGCAUUGUUUAUGUCUCCGUAUCUAUGUAUUUACAUAUGUCCAAUAAAUAACAUUUUUUUCUCUGUAAUUUUUUUCAUAUUCUGAAAUUAAUCCUUUUUACAGAGGUUUGAAAGCUGUAUACAGAAUCUUCCUUAAAUAAAAAGAAGAAAAUAUAGAAUAUAGGGCUUUAUAGGGGAGGGAGAAGGAACAGGAAAGAGCAGGCAACCAAACCCAUGCCUCAGGAUACCAACCCUAAGGUGUGGUGAUGUCUGUCUUGGCCUGCUCACUUAUGUAGGAGAUACUAAGGUCUGAGAUCUGUCGGUACUUUUAUACAACAUUGCAAUGGGGUAAGACCUAGUACAGUGCCAUAAAUACCAGAUUCUGCCUUGCAUUGUUGCUCAGAAUUCUCCUUCAGACAGAUGUACAAUGUGUAGUUCUUCCUUGUGUUCAAGAGAAGGUGGGGAAAGACAGAGGCAGGAUAAAGGAUUUCUCUUAAUCUCAUUUUCUGGCAGAGGCAGUUCCCAGACGUGCCUUGGCAGUGUCUGUAUUUAGUAGCUGUGUUCCUGGCCGCUGGCCCAGUCACAUGGCGCCGCUGGAACAAGUGACACGGGAAUGAUGCAUUAGCUGAGACCCAGUGCUGCAUGCCGGAGGAGGUGGGGUGGCCUGGCCGGCCUGGCCGCCUGUGCCCGGCCACGCAGCACAGACGCCGGACCCAGCGCUGCUCGCUCCCAGAUGGCCGCUGCUGUUUGGCUCGAGCUGUUUGGCUCCAGUGAAAGCUGGAAGCUGGUUAUUGCAGGUGCCUUGAAAAAAUAAACAGGGCAAGGAGCAGAAUCAAAUCCUAGAGAGUGUUAAAUUACAAGCAAAUUUUGGCUUCUUUGAAAUGAUAAAUAUCAUUGCUCUGAAACAGCUUCUGCAAAAUGCUUGACUUACUUUGGGUCAGCUGAGCUCUCCUGACUGUUAAAAGCUAUGGAGAUGAUGGCAGAAAGUGGGAUGCAAAGGGGAAAGUUGAUAAAACUAAGCACGGCUUUCUGUGUGGAGGAAAGAACUAGGUUGUGGACCUAGGGUGCUAACCUUACUGCAGACUUUACCCUUCUUUGUUUAAAGACCUAGUUUAACAAAAACCACACUUUUUUCAUUAAGAAGGAAGAAAACCAUUGUAAAACACAAUUAAAUGCAUGCCUUUUUUUUCAUGCAAUUACAAGCCUUUAGCUCUUCUCUUUGCUAAUGAGGAAUCCCACUUCUGGAGCUAGCAACUGAGAGCGCUGUCUCUGUGCUAUUUGUGGUCCUACUUCAAACAAUGUACUUGCUGUGUGUUUUCUUUGAUUAGGGCUUCGUUUUAUUGUGGGUUUUAUUUUUUUAUUUCUACAUUAGUACUGAGAUACUCUAUGAGAGCUAGCUCCCAAACUUCAGAUUUGUAGAUAAGCCAGUGAGCAGUGAUUCCUGAUAACUUAGAGAAGUUGAGUUGUGACGCACUGGUUUAAUGGACUGCUCUAUAUGUUUGUGGAAAGCUGAUGUGUGCACUUUAUGCUGACUCCAACUUGCGUAGAUCUGUUUGUUAACCUCUAUCAGCAGUGUGUGUGUGUUGUCAUUUUUUGUGCAUGUCUGUGAUGAUACUGCUUUGUAGCAACAAAGAUGAUGAAAAAGUGCUUACAGCCUUACAAAAAUCCAGUAUAUUGCCCUUUCCUAAGCAGGGAAUCUGUGGAAUUCUAGCUUUUCAAUGAACAAAUAUAUCCAGUGUUGUUUUGGAUUUCAAAGAGUAACAUGUAGAAUUAUCCUAAAAAAACCUGACCAUUCUGUACAGUGAUUUGAUACCUAGAUCUUUACUUUUCUCCACCUGAACUCUUUCUUCAGGAAAAUCUGUCUUGAGAGAGAGAGCAGUGAUCCAAAUAAUACCUUCCUUCACUUGUUGCGUGACUAAUCUGCAAUGUAUCCCGCCUAACUUGUGUGAAACUAGUAACUAUGUAUCAUGCUUGAACAAGGUAGUUCAUCUGAGGUUAAUAGAGCUUUGCCGUAUUAGGACUACUUUAAGUCAUUGUGGAAAAGGAAUGUGGUGUGGCAUCAGCACGACUCUUCCAUAUCUGAGGUUUUAGAAAGAGAAGAAACAAUGCAGGGUAAAUGAGGCAAAUUAGGAGGGAGGAUGGGAACUGGUCUUCCCCAUAAGCUAUUCAAUAGACUAAAAGAGGGAAAAUCAUCAUUAAGCAAUCCAAAAGAGAUUCCACUUCAUCUUUAAAUAUGUAUUUUGGCACUAAUCCUGAGUGUCUGGGUCUAGGCAUUUUUUGUGUAUCAAUUUUGCUAAGUGCAUGUUUUGCAAAAAGAAAUGCUCACUGAAACAGCAGGUGUGAUUCAAACUUUUUUCCUAAGCUUCUCUAGCCGCUUCUGAAAGCUCUUUGGAAAAUAAAACCUUGCAUAGGUCUCUGAAAAUAUUCUCUUAGAUUUGAAAACAGUGCUUAAGUUUUAGUAACUUAAUUAGUAACUUAUACAAAAAUUAUUUUGAACUACAUCACAUACAUUUAUUUCUUCUUUCCCCCACCCUGAAUUUUCUUGCUAAAGUGUUACCUUGAGUUGAAAUCAUUUAGGCAAUUGUCUCGUAGUGAAGAUGAAGGACAGGAAAUGACCUACAAACAGAGCAGGUGACAUGCUGUCACAUAGCCUAGAAAAAGAGUGAUUAAAUUCUGCUUCACAGAGGAUUAUAUCUGCAGAGCAGGACACUUUCUUCCAUUUUCUGUGUUAUCUAUAUAUGGACUCUGUGUGUUUUCCAUGUGUGGAUUUAUGUAUUAUUUCGUAGUUGUUUAGAAACUGUUCUGUGGAUUUACAAUGUUAAUUCCCCGGGUACUUUAGGAUUUAUAUUAUUCUACAGCUGAUUGCAUUUACAGAUGAGGUGGUGUUGUGAAGCACAUCUAUUUAGUGAGCUUACAGGAGUUCCUUGUUCUAAUGCCUAAUGGGAAUUUGAUAGCUUGAUGAAUGUUCCAGAAUUUUGGUUUGUUUGGAGAAAGGGAAGUACAGAAGUGAAAGUUAGGAUUUCUGGAUCUUAGUCAAAGUGUAUUAUUUCACUUAUUUCACUUGUGCUUCAAAGAUGACUGGUAACACUGGUGUCUAAAGUAGUCUUCCUCAACGAGGUGAGGGCUAGAGUUGUCUGCUCCUAGAUCAUUUAAGUCACUUGAGAGUAGGCCAAAAAUUUCACUUGAUUGCUGUACUUUGGAGGACAAGUGAUUGUGAUCCAGUACUUGUCGCUUCUCUGGGGAUUGAAGUGGAGUUGGUUUUUUUUUAUUGCUAUAAUUUCCCUAAGCAACAGAGCAAGUUGUUCAACCUAACCUUGCUGCAAUUUUUUGCUUCACUUCUGUCCAGUUUUUGGAGGUUGGGGUUAACUGUGAUUACAAAAUAAUUUUAAGGGUGCUGUGCUAUUUAGCAGGUAGCACGUAGCUCUGGGUUUUGAAAUCUUGCUUCUAACUCUGCUGCUGGUCUGGUUGACCAUUAACAAAGUUAUUUUCCCUUUUUAACCUGGAAGGGAAAUGGCAGUAUGGCUGUUAUCUUAUAAAAUGUUUAAAAUUUUACUGAUGGGGAGAAAGCCCAUCAUAAUUCAUGAGGUAUGAACAGGUAUGUCUGGAUAACUUUUUUUAAAGCAAAGAUGGGGAAGAGGACUUUGUUCUGCAGUAGAAUUACGAGAGCCUAACAGAACAUCUGUGUGCGGCUUUGGUCACUGCAAUACAAGAAAGAUAUUUAAGCUAUCAGAGAGUGCCCAGAGGAGGGCAACAAAGAUGAUGGAAGGCCUUGGGGAGAAGCGGUAUGAGGAAUGGCUGAGGCCACUUGUUUUGUUGAGCCUGGAGAACAGGAGGCUGAGAGGAGACCUCAUUGCAGUUACAACCUCAUCAUGUGGGGAACAGGAGGGGCAGGCACUGAUUUCUUGUCUGUGGUGACCAAUGACAGGAGCUGAGAGAAUGGCCUGAAGGUGUGCCAGGGAGGUUUAGGUUGAAUAUUAGAAAAAAGUUACAUACCUAGAGGGUGUUUGGGCACUCAAACAGGCUCCCCAGGGAAGUGGUCACAGCACCAAUCCUGACAAGAGUUCAAGAAGCGUUUGACAACACUCUGGGCCAGAAGUGUGACUCUUGGGGAUGCUCCUGUGUGGGCUCAGGAGUUGGACUCGAUGAUAUUCUGUCUUCUGUGAUCUGAUUCCUUUGUUCUGCUCAAAAACUUUAAUUUACUUGGUCAGGAGUAUUUUAUUAGAUAAUUUUUGUCAUCAGUACUGUUAUUGAAUUAUUUUAAGAGGUACAUGACUAUAAAUUUUCAUCAAGGAACUUGACGUCUGCAACCUUUUCUUAUUGUUUUCUUUCAUACUUUAAAAAAAAACUUUUCAAAGUACUAGUGUCAAGUUCUUGUCCAAGUAUAAGGUAUUUGUCCUUAGAAAUAAAGUCAUUACAGUGCAGAAUAUCUAGUGUGUUUCUUGGUGUUGGUAGUUGGGUUUUUUAAACUGAUAACCAUAUGGCAAUGAUGACAGAUUCUUACUUGCUCCUAAGCUGUAUGAGGUUGCUAGGGGUUGUCAGAUGACACUUGCUCACAUGAGAGCCAUUAACAGGGUGUUGUAGCCAGUGUUAGAACAACCUUGCAACUAAGGGCGAGUCACUGCAAAAGCAACUAUGCUUUUUUUUUUUUUAAAGAGGCCAUAUGGUUCAGUCUUGUGACUACAUAAUUGCCAGCUACCUAAAUCACAUACCAGGAAACAAACAUAGCUAAAGUCAAUAUUAGCUGUUGUAUCUGCUACAGCUUUGCACCAGGCUUAGUAGGAAAACUUCAGACAGCAGCAAGAGCAAGUCCACGAUGGAUUCUGAAACCUGAAAGUCAUGUCUGUUCUGUCUGGAAUAAUUGCAGAAGUACAUUAGCUACAGCUGUCCUUUUGUAUUAAUGGCUUAUAGAAUAUAUGAAGAUCGUUUUGCCUUUUUUCCCCCCAACUGGAAAUUCAGCAGACUGUGUUCUUUUAUAGGGAAGAAAGCUGAUGGUAAAUUACCGUUGUUAAUGGUUGAUCGAUAAUGAAGAAACUUGCUUGAGGCUGUUUCUCUUCAGCCCCUAUUUAGUUUCUUUGAGGGAACUUUACAAGAGGAUUUGUAGCUAAGAAAAUGUGUGGGGGUACACCAAAAACUGCAAAUGGCACUGGGGGACAAAUAGAAAGAACGAGAAACAACAAUGAUGUACCACUCGGAAAUAAUCUCUCUUGUACCAAAUUGGAUGAAAGAAUUAGAAAGUCUUUGAGAGACGAAAGUGUCAGCUGUGCCAACAAAGUGACUAGACUGCUGCAAAACAGCUGGUCCUCUUCGGAGUUGGACUUGAAUGAAAUCCGCCUGAUAGUUUAUCAAGACUGUGAGAGGAGAGGCAGACAGGUCUUAUUUGAUUCCAAAGCAGUCCGCAAAAUUGAUGAAGCUGUGGUUCAGAAAAUGGCAGAUGAGGCUUCUGUAAAGACUUCUGCCAAGAACUGCCAAGCAACCAACGGGAACAACAAUGUUUCUUCCCAUAGUCCCUCUGUAAGCUGUAUUCAAAAUAUCAAAGAACAGAUACCGAAGUAUCAGUACACCAGACCAGCCUCCGAUGUCAAUAUGCUGGGAGAAAUGAUGUUUGGCUCAGUGGCAAUGAGUUACAAAGGCUCCACCUUGAAAAUUCACUACAUACGCUCUCCCCCACAGCUGAUGAUAAGUAAAGUCUUCUCAGCCAGGGUAGGAAGCUUCAGUGGAAGCAACAAUAACUUGCAAGAUAGCUUUGAAUACAUCAACCAAGAUCCUAGUCUGGGGAAGCUGAGCUCCAAUCAGAAUGGUUUGGGAACCUGUCGCAGUGGAAGUAACUUAGGUGUGUUACAGCUGUGUAGCAGCAAACUGCUGCAGGGUGUGUCUGAAGGAGGUCCCCUCCGGCUCAUCCGCAGUGCUUCUUUCUUUGCAGCACACAGCACACCUGUUGAUAUGCCUAGUAGAGGACAAAACGAGGACAGAGACAGCGGCAUUGCUCGGUCAGCAUCUCUGAGCAGUCUUCUGGUUACUCCUUUUCCAUCUCCAAGCUCUUCAUCAUCAUCUUCUAGCAGCUAUCAACGUCGCUGGCUUCGAAGUCAGACAACCAGUUUAGAGAAUGGAAUUAUUCCAAGGUGGUCCACUGAAGAAAUGUUUAGUAUGGCUGAUGAAAGCUGCAGCUCCAAUCCUGCAAUGGUUCGGAGGAAAAAAAUUGCAAUCAGCAUCAUCUUUUCUCUGCCUGAAAAAGAAGAAGCACAGAGAAACUUCCAGGAUUUCUUUUUCUCUCACUUUCCUCUUUUCGAGUCUCACAUGAACAAGCUGAAAUAUGCAAUAGAAAAGGCCAUGAUCUCAUGUAGAAAAAUAGCAGAAUCCAGCCAGAGAGUGCAGGUUUAUAUCAGCCGUGUCAUGGAUGCCCUGGGAGAAUUCAGAGUUACCAUCUGGAACCUAUAUUCUGUUCCAAGGAUCGCAGAACCUGUGUGGCUUAAUAUGAUGUCCAGCACCCUGGAAAAGAAUCAGCUAUGCCAGCGUUUUCUUAAAGAAUUUACCUUUCUGAUAGAACAGAUCAACAAAAAUCAGUUCUUUGCUGCUUUGUUGACCGCAGUGCUGACAUAUCACCUGGCGUGGGUCCCAACAGUGAUGCCAGUUGACCAUCCUCCCCUCAAGGCCUUCUCUGAGAAGCGCACAUCCCAGUCUGUGAACAUGCUGGCAAAAUCCCACCCAUAUAACCCUCUCUGGGCACAGCUAGGUGAUCUCUACGGUGCCAUAGGCUCUCCAGUUAGAUUGACUCGGACUGUGAUUGUUGGAAAGCGCAAGGAGCUGGUGCAGCGCUUGCUCUAUGUUCUCACUUACUUCAUCCGGUGCUCUGAGCUGCAGGAGAAUCAGCUGACGUGGAGUGAGAAGGCUGCGGAAGGAGAGCAGGUGCUAAAUGGAAGCAAGAUCACAACUGCACUAGAAAAGGGAGAGGUAGAGGAAUCUGAUUAUGUGGUUGUCACUGUUAAAAAUGACCCUGCUCUUGUGCCUCCAAUCCUACCUCCAAAGAAUGAUGGAAGUAAGAACAACAGUACUGCAGAGUGGGUUCAUGAACCAGAAAGCACUCAGGCUGUCCCAGUCUCUUCAAAAGAAAAGAGGGAAGCAAUAGAAAAGGCUGGUCAGACCUCUGAAACAUCUGUUGACUGUCUAACUGGCAGUUUCCGUAAAGGAGCAGCUGAUGGUAGGAAAAGAACUGUCACUGAUACAGGAAUCGUAUCCUACCACUCUGAAGAAUCAUCUGAAUUAGAGGAUGUAAUGGAUGUAAAGAAGAACAAGAACCAGAAUGAGAGAAAAGUGGAGAAGCAGUUUUCUAGUAGGUCAUCUGCUGUACCUUGUCCUGAAAGGUCUGGCCGCAGGAGUUCACACUUAGAAAAGGUCACGUUUCAGAUUGGAAGUUCAGCAUCACCAGAGUCAGACUUAGAAACUCAUAGAAGAGAAAUGGAAGAAAAUCUGAAGGCAUUAAUUAAAAAUCCAGAGGUGAUACAUUGUGCCUCAACUUCCACAAAUCUCACCGUGGGUGCUUCUCAGAGUCAAGACAGUUGUGAAGCUGCCUUUGUACCCAUCAGUAAACAUAAUGUUUGUUAUGCACAAAUCCCACCAUGUGAGAAGGAAAGUAUACUUAACCAACAUAGGGAAAGUAAAGGAACUGAAGUGAAUUUAAUUAACUCAAUAUCUAGUGAGCUGCUUUUGCCCACAGAUAACAUAGAAACUGUAGAAUUGCCAAACAUGAAAGAAAAUAGAAUUUUAUGCUCUGGCAAUCUGGAGAACUAUUCUUCUGACUGUGUAGAAACAGAUUCUGCUGUCAAACAGGAUUCCCCUAAAGUAGGUGCUAAAGAUGUCCCCUAUGGGGAUUCUGGAAGGAAAACCUCCUUCAGAGUUGAAGGGGACAUUCCAAGGAACGAGAGUUCAGACAGUGCUCUUGGAGCUAGUGAUGAAGAAGGUGAUUGUUGUAUCCCUGAUGAAGUGCAUCAUGAUAACAUCAGCAAACGGCUUGAAGAAUUUGCAGAAGUGGAACUUCCUUUGCCAAGGUCAAAUACCAUCAGCAGUCAAUGUGUGAAAAACUUCGGAAGAUCACUUCUGGGUGGUUACUGUCAUACAUAUAUACCUGAUCUAGUGCUGCAUGGAAUAAAUAAUGAUGAAAAACUCAAGCAGUGUCUACUAGCAGAUCUACUUCAUGCAAUGCAUCAUCCAGUGCUAGAUGAGCCCAUAGCAGAAGCUGUCUGCAUUAUUGCAGACACAGAUAAGUGGAAUGUACAAGUAGCUACAAGCCAGAGGAAGAUGAUGGACAGUGUGAAGUUAGGCAAGGAUGUUCUGGUUUCGAGUCAAGUAUCCAGUCUGUUGCAGUCUAUUUUACAGCUUUACAAACUGAACGUCCCAGCUGACUUUUGCAUAAUGCAUCUUGAGGAUAGACUGCAAGAGAUGUAUCUCAAAAGCAAAAUGCUUUCAGAAUAUCUGCGAGGACAUACAAGAGUGCAUGUAAAAGAACUAGGAAUUGUGUUGGGGAUUGAAUCCAAUGACUUGCCUUUGUUGGCUGCUAUAGCAAGUACUCAUUCCCCAUAUGUUGCUCAAAUACUCUUAUAAAUUAAAUUCUCAGGAUAGUCAUUCCCUUAAAGUACAAUUAUGAAAAUGGGAAUGUUGACUGAAGAACAGAGGUGCCAAACACUGGUAAAGGAGAGCACUGAUGAAAGCAGGCGAUGACUGUACAUUCUGCCACCUUCCGAUUCUGAUUUCAACCGGAUGUUUUAUCGGAGGACUUCAGUUUACAUAACACAAAAGGCAUUCAGGUUUUUCUUACAAUCUCACUUCUGACUUAAAUCAAGAGACUGCAUCCUUGCAUUUUAUUUUUAUUCAAAGGACAAAAGUUAACACUAUGUGGCAGACUGGGCUCUGCCAUCCAAAACGCUGCUCAAAACCAUGAAGUACCAGUUAAAAGAACAAGUGGGUUAGAAUGGAUUUUGUAAUGCUAUGCUUGUGAGUGUGGUGUGGUGUGGUAUAUGUUUCUUUGCUGGGGAGGAGGAGGAGUAGCUGUUAACUCUGUAUAUAGCAUUCCUAUACAAAAGUGUAUUUGGUGGGACAUGAUUUUCUUGCAGAUCAUACGUGUGGUUUUGUAUCAUAGAAGUGAUGGGCUCAGAACAAGGAACUUGGAUUCAGCAGCCAGGUGUCAUGUGGGAAUGGAGGUGUGCAUAAGGUGGGUGUGACUUUUCUUUAUAAGGACAAGAGGUUGGAAGCUGUGGCUGCUUCUGUUUUAAUGAGGAGGCAUUCAAAUGGGCCCAUGGCUACAAGUGGAAUGGAAUGGACUUCUGAGAGAGGGAUUUUGUGGGAAAGCCUUAUGGAACUUCUGCUACAAGUUUACAUUCGUUGCUGAUGCAACUUCAGUACCUGUUGAUUUGCUGUAUGACUGUGGUCCUGGGAACUAAACUUGUCUUGGUGUCAUCAAGUAUUGCUAUCUCCAAGGAGUAUGAAUUUGAAAAACUGCUGAACGAUGCCAGUGCUGUGAGCAUGUGUCCCUGUGCACAUACACCAAACAAUUGGCACAAACUGAAGACAAUCGGAUUGGGGAAAUACAAGACAUCAAACAACCCCCACCAAACCUUUAGUCAAAAGUAUUACUUUUUUCCAGCUAUGAGUUAUCACUCUGAGUAGGAAUAAAAGAGAAAGGUUGUUUGAAGUAAAACGACAUGUGGGGGCAAACCCCAAUAUUUGAUAUUACUCUGAAUGUUUGCAAUUACCCUUUUUGAUUCUACAGAUAUCUUGAACUAUCAUCCAGGUGCCUUUCCUUACUAGUUUAUCUAUUCUGACACCAGAAACUACUUGUCCACUAGUUGAUACUGGCCUUUGGUGUUUCUAGAAAGCAAAAUAAAAUUUUGUACUUCACUGUUUUCACGUGGUUGAUUAAAAUGAAUGUAAAAAAUACUUUUUUGCAUAAAGCACUGUUAAGCUGGAUAUGAAACUAUGGACCAGACUGAGGAGAGAACAAAGGAUCAAAACAUUCUUAAAUGGAAAAUUCAAUGUUGGACCAUUCUGUUGUGAGCCACUGUGAAUACGGUGUCUGAAAUUGUCAUCUUGCAAGCAAAUUUCUGGCAACACAAUUGCUUGAAAAUAGUGAAUUCUAAUAAGAAACUCCUGGUCACCGGUUGUGAGUUCUCCUUGUUGGUGGUUACAGAUUUUUAACACUGAAGGGACACACUUUUAUUAAAAGUGUUUUUAUUUCCUACUACCUUGAUGUUUGGACUUUUCUACAGUAAACUUUCAAUUAUUUAAAAUAAUGAAAUGUGCUUAUUGUGAAUUGUUUAAAUGUGAUGGGGUCUUGAUUAACCUUGUGUUGCUUUUUGAGGGAAAUAGGUAGACUGGCCUACUGUGAAAAGAGGUUGUUUCCACGUGGAGGGAUACUUAAUAUUCUGAUACAACACUUCUAAAGUUGUUCCUUCUAUGCUGGUUUUCUGGCCUGACAUUCCAAAUAUUUCUUUCAUUGCAUUUUCAUAUUUCUCCCUAGUAUUCUGCCUAAAAAGGCUAAAAUCAUUCUAUGGUUCAGGUUUUUUCUCCUGCUUUAUAGCUGAGCAAACUUCUCAUAUCUUUGGUCUGUGAAUCCUAUCUGCUGGAAAGUAAAUUUGCCUCUGCAUAUGGCUUUUAGCAGAUAUCACUUUCUGUUUCACAAGGUUAAAACAAGGAACGAACCAUAGAGCAAGUCACGUAUUCCUAAACUACCCUCUUGAUGGAGAAUGUGUGUGUGCAUGUGUAAGACUAUGAAACUGCUUCUCUGAGUGUAUAUAGAACAUGUACUUUCUCUAUUUCAUGUCACUCUUAAAUAGUAGCUGACAUCAUUUAAAGUCAGUCCAGUUCUUUUAAAGUGGGGUUUUUAUCUGAACAGUCUCUGACAGUUCUUCAAAGAAAUAUAUGCUAACUUGUGUUGUCACAGGGUUUACUAAAGAGGACAAAGAUCUGCAGGCAUUCAGUGAUUUCAAGAUUAAUACCAUAAUCAAUAAUAGACCUGAUUUUACCACAUCAACUAUUAAAAAAAAAAAAUCUGCCUUUGGGCAAGACAUCAGUUAGCUUUGUGUUGGCAUGUGAGCCGAUGGUCAAAAGCACUUGAAUUUUCUUCAGCCCAGGCUAAAACUUUAUAGUUCUUGCUGCUUUCUCUAACAUUUUGCUGCUCUUCAGAAAUUACAUGUUGAACUAUUUUAUUCUUACUCUAGUUUUAGUUUUGGGGGAAAGAAAAUUCAAAAUAAAAGCUCUUUAUUACCUUUAAAAGGCUUUAGACUAAUGAAAGCUAAUUACAUAUUUCCCCUCCACCAAAUGUACUACCUCAGUUGACAGGAUUCCACUUUCUAGGGCUUUUUUUUGACUCGAAGUCUUUAACUUUUUUUGGGUAGCAUCUUGAUGUUUAUGUAAAUUGGUGUGGCAUGACAGGGCAGUAAGUAUUUACAGAUGUGUUUUUUAGACAUUUUUAGGGCAUGUUUCUGGUUUUAUUUUAAUAGGAUGAAAAGUGAUAUGAAUGUACAGCUGUGUUGAAAAUUGAUAAUGUAGCUUAAUUUUCAAAUAUUCCAAAGUUGUUUUUAUCAGUAUUAUGUAGGUUUUUUGUAAACUUAAAUACAUACUUUCUUGGUUAGGUGGGAGUGCACAGUCUUUCCAAAAUCCCACAUAAAUGCAGUUUACACACUGAAAUUUAAAGAAUGUAUGCUGUUUUCAGGCAAGACUAAACAUAGGGGAGGAAUGAACUGCUAAAUUGUAGAAUUUCAUUGAAAUGAAUUCUUUAACCCCAAACAAUAGCAAGAUUGGAACAUUUUAAUUUAAAUGAGGUACACUCUGAACUAGUUUAUACAAUUUUCUUUUGCUCCCAAAAAACUAAUAGACACUGAUUCUGUAAUUCACAUUUCUGAUGGCAUCUUCCAGAAUUUUUGAUUGAUUUUUCCCCACUCCAUGUUAUAAGCAUCUUUACUCUUAAAGUCAAAGCCUCUUUUCAGAUGCAUCAAAUUCUUGUAUAUAAGGUUUAUGCAAAAUGACCACUUACCCUUAAAGGAUAACUUCUACUUCAAUUAAAAGGACCCAAAUAAAAAUCAAGUCUGAACUACUGAAUUUAGUCGAGACGAUUUCCUUAUUUUUUUUUAAUUUUUCUUUUUGGGGGGUGGGGGGCUUUGAGGUCAAAUGAGGUAAUUUGACAUACAUGGCAAGUUUUCCAUAGUAGAAAAAUGUGUGUUGCUAUUGCAUGUUUGGAGAACAUAGGCUUUUUUAGGAAUGACUGAACACCAAUGUCAAACUACAUGUUUUUUUCCUAUAGCUGUUUAUGUACACUAUCAUUUUGGUCAAUUUCUUUACAGCAUUUGGUGCAAUAAACUUUCUGAAAUC